CUCUCCUCUCUCUCUCUCUCUAGCAAGCACCGGAAAUGUUCUCUCCAGGUACGAAGAGACUGAACUUGAGCUCCCGGAGGGGAAGCCAGGCCGCUCCCGGCUCGCCGGCGACGCCAGCCGCCGACAAUCGAGUCCCCAACCGCCCUGCCACCGGAACUCCUGCUCCGUGGGCCCCUCGCCUCUCCGUUUUGGCCCGAGCUUCGGCUGCGAAGGAAGAUGAUAAAUCCGGCAAGGUAGAUCCAACUAAACCUGUCUUUGUCGGAGAGUUUCCCCAUGUGAUUCGUGAUGAACAAGCAAUUCUACACCAGAAGCAUUCUCUUGGUGACACCUGCAUAUCUGGUGGACUGGACCACGGAACUGCCCUUUCUUGGAUUAUCUGUGGAGACAAAGUCUUCAUCUGGAGCUACUUACUACCUUCUGCUUCGAAAAACUUCAUUGCCCUCACCAUUCCUUCAAACCUGAGUGAAGUUGAAGGCGCUGGCAGGAGCAUAUCUGAAGGAAGCAGUUGGUUACUUUGUUUUGUGAAGUGGGAUUUCACACAUAAAAGUACGCGAAGAGUGGCACAACAAAGCAAAUCUGUUGGGGUUGUGCUGUGUAACAAAAGAACUCGAGCAGUUAUUUACUGGCCUGACAUCUAUUCUGACAUAAAAUCUACUCCUGUCAGUAGUAUUGCUUCUGAGGAAGAACUCAAUGCAAUUGCCUCACCAGCUGAUGAGAAUAUCAGCACAAAGAGGCAGCGGCAAGGUAGCAGGAGCAGAAGUAGUUCCGCAGGCCCACAUGAUUUUAACUCUCUAAUUGUUUCUCCCAUCCUUAACAGCCAAGAAGAAUGUGCUGCCCUUGCCUGUUGCUCUAAGGGCGAGCUUUGGCAGUUCCACUGUUCUCGCCAUGCUAUACAUCGGAAAAGGGUGUAUAAGUGUGCGCAAGGUUCUCUUUCCCAAGGAAAUGAUGCUGUCCAGAGUACUGGUGGCAAAGGGUACCCAAGGUCACUGGUGUGGCGUUUUCAUCAUACUUCUUUGGAGGAAUCAAGCCGACAGUUCUUUCUACUGACAGAUCAUGAGAUACAAUGCUUUCUUCUCAAAUUUUCUUCAGAUCUGGAAUUGACAAAACUCUGGUCUGAUGAGAUUAUUGGCGAUGAUGGUGAGCUUGGUAUUAAGAAGGGUCUAGCUGGUCAGAAGCACAUUUGGCCUCUGGAUGUGCAGGUGGAUGAUACUGGAAAAGUAAUUACUAUUCUUGUGGCAAUAUUGUGUAAGGACAGAGUUAGUGGUUCGAGCUACACACAGUAUUCUCUUCUUACAAUGCAAUACAAAUCUGGGCUUAACAUCUCAUCUGAUGUUGGGGAGACCAUACAGGGCCGUAUCUUGGAGAAUAAAGCUCCCAUUCAAGUAAUAAUUCCUAAAGCAAGAUUUGAAAAGGAUGAGAAUUUCUUAUUUUCCAUGAGACUCCGUGUAGGGGGUAGGCCCUCAGGGUCAACGAUCAUACUCUCGGGCGAUGGAACAGCAACAGUCUCCUAUUAUUAUAGAAACUCCACUAGACUCUAUCAAUUCGACUUGCCUUAUGAUGCUGGAAAAGUUCUCGAUGCUUCAGUUCUUCCUUCUGCUGAUGAUUCUGAGGAUGGUGCAUGGGUUGUUCUAACUGAGAAAGCAGGAAUUUGGGCAAUACCUGAAAAGGCUGUCAUACUUGGUGGUGUUGAACCACCAGAGCGAAGCCUAUCCCGCAAGGGGAGCUCAAAUGGAGCAUCUACUCAAGAGGAGAGGAGAAACCUUGCAUUUGCUCGUGAAAUUGCUCCAAGAAGAGCUAGUUCCGAAGCUUGGGACUCUGGGGAUAGGCAAAGAGCUAUCAUGACAGGGAUAGCUCGGCGGACUGCUCAGGAUGAGGAAUCAGAAGCUUUGCUUAGUCAUCUUUUCCAUGAUUUUCUGCUCUCUGGGCAGGUUGAUGACUCACUCGGGAAACUAAAAAAUGCUGGAGCUUUUGAAAGAGAGGGUGAGGCUAAUGUGUUUGCAAGGACUAGCAAGUCAAUAGUUGACACCUUAGCUAAACACUGGACAACAACUAGGGGAGCUGAAAUUUUGUCUAUGGCUGUGGUCUCCACUCAACUGAAGGAUAAGCAGCAGAAACAUCAAAAGUUUCUCCAAUUUCUUGCAUUAUCGAAGGGUCAUGAGGAGUUAUGUACUAAACAGAGAAGUUCCCUUCAGAACAUUUUGGAGCAUGGUGAGAAGCUAGCUGGCAUGAUUCAACUAAGGGAACUGCAAAACACAAUUAGCCAGAAUCGUUCAACAGCAGUUGACUCCUCAUAUUCUGGUCCAGAGUAUGAAACUGCUAGUGCUCUAUGGGAUCUCAUUCAACUGGUCGGUGAGAGAGCUCGCCGUAAUACUGUUCUCCUGAUGGACAGAGACAAUGCUGAGGUAUUUUACAGUAAAGUUUCUGAUCUCGAGGAAGUAUUUUAUUGCCUAGAGAUGCAGUUGGACUAUUUGGUUGGUGUCGAGCAGCCUCUAGGAGUUCAGGUCAGCAGAGCUUUUGAACUCUCAGAUGCUUGUGUUACCAUAAUUCGUACAGCCAUGGACUACAGAAAGGAGUAUCAUCUGUGGUAUCCACCGCCUGAGGGCUUGGCACCUUGGUAUUGCCAGCUUAUCGUUCGCAAUGGACUCUGGAGCCUUGCUUCUUUCAUGCUUCAGCAGUUAAAUGAUGCAUCCUUUGAUACAUUGUCUGCAAAACCAAAGAUCUUUACUCAACUAGAGGCACUGACUGAAGUUCUGCUUGAGGCUUACACUGGUGCUAUAAAUGCAAAAGUUGAACGUGGAGAGCAGGAGAAAGGACUCUUGGAAGAGUACUGGAGCAGGAGGGAUGCACUUCUUAAUUCACUGUAUCAACAGACAAAGGAUCUUCUAAGAACUGGACAGCAGGAUUUUGAAGGAAAUAAGCAAGACGAAAUACAUAAAGACCUCCUGACACGUUUGCUGGGUGUCGCAAAGCAGCAUGAGUGCUAUAGCACUCUAUGGAACAUUUGCUGCGAUCUCAAUGAUUCUAUGCUGCUUAAGACUCUAAUGCAAGAAAGUAUGGGACCAAAAGGAGGGUUUAGUUACUAUGUCUUCGAACAGCUGUACGCAAGAAGACAGUUCUCCAAGCUUUUGAGACUCGGGGAAGAGUUUCCAGAGGAAAUGACUAUUUUUCUCAAACAGCAUCGCGAUCUCCUGUGGCUUCACGAGGGGUUUCUCCAUCAGUUUCCCUUGGCUUCGGAAACACUUCAUGAAUUGGCUCUAUCUCAGGAUGAGAGCUCUGGUUUGGAGGCUGAUGAAGAGGCAGAGUCAGGCUACAGGGACUUAACUCUUGCUGACAGAAAGCGUUUCCUCAACCUAGCAAAAAUAGCUGCUUUGGCAGGCAGUGAUGAUGAUACAGAGACUAAGAUGAAACGCCUCGAGGCUGAUUUGAGAAUUCUCAAGUUACAGGAAGAGUUACUGGAACACCUCGAUGAAGAAUCUAAGCAAAACAUCGAGAAACGGCUCCUCCGCCCUGAAGAUCUCAUUACAUUGUGCCUCGAUAGCAACAAGCCUGGGCUCACAUUACGGGCAUUUGAGAUAUUUGCAUGGACGAGCUCUUCUUUCCGUAGGCGGCACAGAGCCCUGUUAGAGGAGUGCUGGAAGAGUGCCGCCGAUGAAGAUGACUGGGGGGAAUUGUAUCGGGCAUCCAUGGCAGACGGUUGGAGCGAUGAAGAGACCAUGAGGAUCCUGAGAAGUACGGUGCUGUUUCAGGCUUCGAGCCGGUGUUAUGGGCCUGAGGCUGAGACCUUUGAGGAAGGGUUUGACGAGGUGUUGCCACAUAGGCAGGAGGGAUUAGCGUCGAGGGACUUGGAAUGCUCCGUGGAGGCAAUACUGAUGCAGCACAAGUUUUUCCCAGAUGCUGGUAAACUCAUGCUGACUGCGAUCGAAUUGGGUAGUCUGCAGGGCAUGAGUGAGGGCGAAGAUGGUGCUGUGCCUAUGGAGUGAAUACGGCACGCGCCCGAUGGUUUAAUCCUUCUGGGUAUAUUGUUAUCCGCUACGAACUUGACCUUGAAGAAGAAUUUAGCAGGGGAUUGGAUGGUAUGUACUGAGUCAGGGCAUUGAUGAAUCGGGUUCCAACGUGAUUCGUCUAUGUGGAGUCGGUUCACAAGGGGUGAUUGCUUGCGUGUCACGUAAAUAUGCAAAGAUGGAUGUAGGUUGUGAUCAGAAAUCUUGAAGUUGCUGUACUUUUGUUCCACAAUCCAUAUCAGCCCUUUUCAAGUUCUCUUCACAGGAUGAUAUUCAUUCUUCCAGGAAGGAAUGAAUUUCAAGCUAUAUAUAUUACUCUUACAUGUCUCAUUUUAGUGCGAGAUUAAUGAGUUUGAGAAUAGUUUCGAGAUAGACAUCGGUUCAUAAACUAGCAAUUGUCUCUGGGCUACUGAUGUUCGGUGUACAAUGAUCUGUGAUCUGUAAAAAAUUUACUGUCUUGUUUGGUGGUCCUUGAUCCCC